GAGAACGAGACACUUCUGCGUGGAGGGACCGACGGACUCCCAAGGCUUAAGGCUUAAGCUCUCCUGGUCCGAGCGAUAGCGAACGGGAAGUCCCUGGAUGGCAGAGGAUGGAAAAAGAGGAAAGAAAAGGGAGGGAGGGAGGAGAACGGAAAAGACCAGAGUGAGGAAAAGAUAUGUGAGGCCGAUGAGAAGAGAGCAGUGGAUCGACGCGGUGGAGAUGGGAGUUGAGCUCGGCAUGAGAAAAGCUGAGCAGAGGCAGACAGCAGAGAGGAUAAGUAAUGGUUCAUAUAAUUAAUAUUAACUAACAGUCAGUCAAUCCAUCAAUCAAUCAAUCACCAAAAGACAACUACACCCUAUAUCAUCUCUCUAUCUAUCUACCUACUUACCUAGCUACCCUCCACUUCGGACUUGAAGAAUUAACAAUACUAGCAGACAAAAAAAGAAAAUAAGAAAAUACUCACCCACCAUCUGAAACGAUCCAGAGCUGUGACGAUCCAGCUAGUUAGCUGCUAACCACCCAUGCAAGUGCCUGGAAUAUCGUCAUCGUCAUUGUGAAAAAGAAAAGGGUGCACGGGGAGGGGAGGUUCCUGCUUUUUCCCCGCCAACGACCUCGGUGUUUCUCCUUAGUUAUAUCCUACCCCUACUCUACUUUUAUUUGUUUUUCCCCAAUUGCUAGUAACUGUGCUGUGUAUACUGUGAAGCAAAGAAAGACAAAAAUAUGACGAGGGUUGUUUACAACCUUC